AUGCGGCGCGGCGAGAGGAGCAAGCAUCAUCUGCAGCAGCGCAUUCCACGCGCCGCCCCACCCGCUGGACCCUGCCUUGAGGCAGACGAUUCGGCAGGCAUGCCUAUUUUACCCGAUCUCCGAAGCAGAAAGGGCGAAGAAGCGCGCCGUCUGAGCCGCGUCGCAAACCUCGCCAGAGCCAAAUUGAACCGAGCCGAAUCAGAGCUGCGCUCGCAGUUGCCCCACCCCGAUGCCUGCACCCGCGGAGCAGCGUCGAGUCAAGUGUAUGGCCUGCCUAGGCUAGCCGUCCCCGCCCGGCUCAACAUUGCAAGUCUGAACUACGCAGAACUCGCUACUGCCGCCCGUCGUCGUCGGCCACCACCAUCCACCUCGCUCCGCAACCAUUUCCCUCCGCUUCCUCCGCCUCGUCUGCCCUUACGCGCCGCUGGGUCGGACGUGCCGACGGCUGUUGCCGCCUUCUUCGCUCUCUCACGCUCCCUUCCGCUCUGA